GCAUUCGACGGGUCUGGGUUUGGGCAGGUGCCUGUAAAGGACUGGAUAUGGACUCCUAUCACCUGAGCCGCAGUGGCGUAAGGUACGUACCUCAAUCCACCAAUUCAGUUGACCGCAUUGCGGGGUCCUUAUCGGUACAUAGUCGGCACUGCAGUCCAGUCACUGCAUGUGCGGCUGGAUGCAGUAAUAGUGGACACUCACCACCUGAAGAUAACGCCUUAUUACAGUAAUAUCAGCGCCGGCUUCAGCUUGGGACGGGUCAAACGCCGGUCCAGUCGUUAUCGUCAGGCACCGGCAGGGACCUCUGCACCCCCGAACUUUGCCGCCGCCGCCCCUCUUCACUUAUUUCUGCGUCAGGUCCGUGAUUCCAUCUCCCCGUCAUUGCCGGCUCGGUCAGAUGUCGUCGUCCAACGAGCAUCGCAAGAGACUGGCUGACAGGCAGGACAUGGCCCCAUCCACCGAGAAUGCCUCGUCGGACACGGCAGCAACCUCUGCUGCUAAACGUCGCCGCAUUGCUCUGGCCUGCACAGCCUGUCGCCUGCGUAAGUCCAGGUGCGAUGGUCGACGGCCCUCAAGUGCCUCCUGCGCCUCGCUGGGCUUUGAGUGCCAGUAUGAGCCCAGCGAGUCUGCUGCCAACGUGAUUGUGCACAAGGGAUAUAUAUCAGAUCUGGGCCAGCGCAUGUCAAGUGUUGAGCAGACUAUUCAGCGGCUGCACUACGUUCUUGAAGGCCACCUCUCCGCCUGCUCCGGCGAUUCUCAAUAUAAAUCCUCGAGCCAAAUCUCGCAACCCGGCCCGCCCGCUUCAAAAGAUGGCAUCGGCCUGGGGCGGGCAACAGCACUGGAAGAGCCGAGGGAUGAAGAUGCCAACACCAAUGGCAUGGCCAUGACCUUUGUCGAGGAGCAGACAUCGGCCUUUUUCGGUGGUUCAUCUAAUAUCAACUUCACACGUCUGCUCCUCAAAACAGUCAAUCAGGUCCGGAAAAAUGCGCGGCAGGGACCAGAUGGCGUGGACAGAACAAGCGAGGUCGACGAGAGAAACAUGGCAAAGGCAUCUGCCUCCUAUGCAAAGGCCGUUGCCGCCUCUCCCGACUCUGGGUCGAUCUCUACGACUGCACUCCCUUCCACCCAGGAGAUGGAUGUCAUGCUCGAUAUCUACUUCGACACGGCCGGCGUGGUGUUUCCUUUUAUCCACGAGGAGUCCUUCCGCAAGACGUAUAACGAAUGCAAUGCUAGUGGUUGGACGAGGGUGCGCCGGACCUGGCUCGGCACACUAAACAUGAUCUUCGCCAUGGCCAGCAACUUCGACCGAGACUCUAUCCCAUCAGCGAGACAGCGACAGGAACGUUCGACCAUCUUCUACAAGCGGGCAACAGAGCUUUGCGGCGAGCUAGCAAAGCAAGUGAUCAGUCUUGAGACAGUCCACUAUUUGCUCCUUGUUACUUUCUAUUGCCAAGGCUCCCAGCGUUCUGUGCAGGCAUGGAAUGUCCACGGCCUCGCCGUGCGGUCAGCCAUGGCUCUAGGUCUCCAUAGCCCCCCGCCACAGGAAAUGACCAAUGACUGGCAGGCCCAGUAUCGUCACAGGACCUGGGUCGUCCUCUAUUGCCUAGACAAGGUUCUUAGCGUAGCCUUUGGGCGACCCGUCUGCAUCCCAGACGACAUCAUGAUGGACCAGAAGCAAAUUUUAGAGCACACUCUCCCAUCUCCCGACGGAUCAAGAACAGACUUUGAUCUUCCUGGAGAGUUCCUCGCCGUGUCAUACCGGCUGCAUCAAGUCAUGAGUGCGUCUCUAAAAAGGCAGUACGGCGGGAAUAUCGGCAGCUCGGAGCCCGAGUACGACGACAUGACAGCACUCCAGGCGUCGGGAGAGUUUCGCAGGACUUUGGGCGUCUGGUCAGCUAGUCUGCCUCCACACCUUGGUCUUGUCGAGCCUAACUCGGAUUUGCUCAGGGAGAACUCUCAACACAAUCGACUCCGUGUGAUACUCACACUGAGAUACCACAACCUGAAUAUCCUCAUUCACAGGCCAUUACUUUGCAGCACACUUCGCCAUCUGUUUGGCACCAGCCAAUUGAGCGUUGGCAACCCGGUAUAUCUGAUUCAGUUGGCCAUGGAUGAGGCGCACGAAUGCUUUCGUUCAGCUCAGAGCACAAUCGAAUUAGUGUACACAAUACUUGAGAGUGAUCAGAGUACCGGCAACAAUCUCGGUAUGGGCUACUUCAGCCUAUACUAUGUCUUCACUGCAUCACUGGUCAUUCUUGGUCGACUAUUGUGGGCACAACAUGGACAAGCAGACAUAGACAAAAUUGCUGUAGCCCACUGCAAAGUGUUGUUAGACCAGGUAGAGACGAUCCUUCAAAAGCUGGACCAUGACAACAGUCUCGUCUUUGGUUGCUCGCGGUAUCUCCAUAACAUGCUAGAAGUAUUCACUUCACAAGCUUCCACAGCCUCUGUGCACCACGAUGGGGUGACAGACUACUCUGCGUCUACGAUGCUACGUUUCGAUCCACAAACAAGCUCUGCAUCGGCACCAAACCAGCUUGAAACAAUGAUGCACCUGGGCGUCGGGGACAUGGAGAUGUUCCAGCUCUAUUCGUCUGAGAUCUAUGAUGCAGAACUCUUCGAGGGGCUGGACAGGUCAUCUGCCGAGUUGGCCACAACUCGAAAUACCCAGUAGGGAAUUCAUCAUCGUGGGCGCUGUAAGAUAUGAACAAUCGGCAUGGCUUGACACGUGAAGUACAACACGACUUUUGACGAAGGGGGUUUCACGAACACUGGCGUUGGCAGUUUGUAAUUUUCCACCGCAUCGUGUGCUUGCUGGUGGGACUACCAAAACAGCAAGGUUUGGGAGCCCAACGUGAUUCGACCCGGCUCUUGUUUCUAGUCUUUAUCAGGUUAUACAGCGGUGCUAGUUACGUUUAUUCAUCAAUGACACAUUUGCCCGGACA